AUGGAUGUUGGAUGGGAACACAUCAAGAACUCCGCUGAGCCGGCGAUCAGGCUGGGCAGUACCACGGGCCUUAAUCGGCGGGGUCUGCUCCGCUCUCACGCGGUGUGGUUGGCCACCUUCCUGGCCCUGCGAGUGUCUCUUUGUACGGCAGUACUGCAUUGCUCCAAGGAGUUGUUGAGGAGAUCUGUCCGAAAGCGAGGGCCCCGUUGGUUGCGAGGUGUCGUACAUUUCCUGUGCGAUGUCCUGCUGCCCACGAGCUUCUUCGGUCCGCUGUUGGGGCUGACGGCGGCGGCGGUGCAGCUGACAGGGCUGGGGACCCCGGGGCAGGGGCUUGGACAGGGGCUGGGGCUGGGGCUGGGGUGGUUGCGUGGCGGCGGCCGCCAUCUACAACGGCCAUCAGCAGCCCCCAUGCCACCGCCACUCGUCGCCGCGCUACCGGCGGUAGCGGCCGCCGCCAGCGACGCCGUGGCCGCCACCGUCAGCGCCACCGUCGCCGCCACCGUCACACCGGCUGUAGCUGCAACCGCCAACUGGGGGACUGGAAAAUGA